UUUUCACCCUUUCAAGCAGCGACAACGAGCGAGCCAACGAGCUUGUGUGUGUGUUGGAAAUUACGAAAUAAACCAGAGUUUUUGUCAAAAAUCGAACUUUUGUGUGCCAUCGCAGAUUGCGAGCAUUUGCUGAAUUCCAAUAGAAAGCCAGUUAAUAAAUAACAUAAAUCAAAAGAAAAUGGCAGCGACUUGUGGACGUUUGGCUUUGCGUGCGGCGACACGUCAAAAUUUGCAAUACACUCCAGUGCGCUUCUGCAAAAUGAUGAACGAUCCCAUGGAGCACGCUACCGGUUUGGAAAAGCGUGAACUUUUGGCCAAGGCUGCUGGUAACGAUAAUCCCUUCGACAUGAAAGUGUUCAAACGUGGCGCUGGCACCAAAGAAACCCCCAACCUGAUACCAUCAGCAUUUGAUGCCCGUAUUGUUGGUUGCAUCUGCGAGGAAGACCAAACCUUCGUGCAGUGGAUGUGGCUGCAAAAGGGUACACCAAAACGCUGUGAAUGCGGUCACUGGUUCAAAUUGGUUGAGAAGGCUCCUGUUUAAAUAAAAUAUUUGCAAAUUUCAUUUUACUAAGCAAAAAGUAACCAAAUAAAUUCAUAAAACCAACAUCAACAAAUCCUUGAAGUAAUAGUGAAAUUAAAAAACGACAACUUAGGAACUUAAAGCAAAACUAUGUGAGAAAUGAAUUGCACCGCUCUAUGAAAGCUGCUUUGGUAAAGCCAACAAUUCACCACUGGCCUAUUAUUAAAAUAAUGGACACUGUAAUAAAUAAAUUUAACUGUAUGUAAUGAAAAAAGCAACAAUAACACCUACAGUGUUUUAAGUAAAA